AUGAAGUACCUCGCUGCCUACCUCCUCCUCGCCCUUGCCGGCAACGAGGCUCCCUCCUCCGCCGACAUCAAGGCCGUCCUCUCCUCCGUCGGCAUUGACGCCGAGGGUGACCGUCUCGAGAAGGUCAUCUCCGAGCUCCAGGGCAAGGACCUCCAGGAGCUGAUCGCUGAGGGUUCCACCAAGCUCGCCUCCGUUCCCUCCGGUGGUUCCGCCGCCGCCGCCGCCCCCGCCGCUGCUGGUGGUGCUGCCGCCCCCGCUGAGGAGAAGAAGGAGGAGAAGGAGGAAGAGGAGUCCGAUGAGGACAUGGGCUUCGGUCUCUUCGACUAA